ACUAAAGUCAUCGCCGAGGGCCGUAUUCCAAGACCGACCAUCUACGGCGCGCACAGCGCCAUCAGCAUGACAGCAGGCCACGGCGACGUUCACGGCGUGAAUCUCGAGGGAUUGCGAGACUUGUGUACGCAUGGCCUGCCGUUGACCAUCGCAGACGGGGUGCCGGAAUGCCUGCAGGCCGUACGCAAACAGCUGCGACAUGGUGCACGUGUCAUCAAAUUCUGCGCCAGCGGCGGCGUAGUGAGCGCUAUAGACGACCCGCAGCAUCAGGAGUUUUCUUUCGAGGAACUGAAAGCGAUUGUUGACGAGGCGGCGCGGGCGAGACGUGUUGUGGCCGCCCAUUGCCACGGAAAAGCCGGCAUCAUGAAUGCUCUCCGUGCGGGAUGCCGCACGAUCGGGCAUGGCAGCUACUUGGAUGAGGAGGCGGUCGAUCUGAUGCUCGAAAAGGGCGCCAUGUUGGUGGCAACACGCAGUGUCAUUGAGAGCGGGCUGGCGAUGCGUGAUCUCUUUACGCCCGGAUCUUACCAGAAGUUGCUGGAGGUGGCUGACACACAUAAAAGGGCAUAUCAAUUAGUGGUCAAACGCGGUGUGCCCAUCGCUCUGGGAACCGAUCAAUUUAUCAGUUCAGAUAAUCCGGCGCUGGGGUAUGGACGCAAUGGCAAGGAACUGGUAUAUGCGGUCGCGGCAGGCAUGACACCCUUGGCUGCGAUCGAAGCUGCUACCGCCAAUGGACCAUUAAUAAUUGGUGACCAGGCACCGAAGAGUGGUCAGCUGAGGGAAGGAUUUGACGCGGAUAUUAUUGCACUGUCGGCAAAUCCGCUCGAGAAUAUAACGGUGGUUUCUGAUGCGAAGAAUGUCACGCACGUCUGGCGAUGUGGCAAGCUAGUCAAAUCAUGA